AUGGAAAGACCAAGGUUCGGUGGAAUAGGCUCAACAGGGUCAAAAACUGAAAACAAGUCCUCAUUUUCUGCAUUUACAAAAGGUGGUAUAGGUUCUGCCCGUACAGCUCCAAUCGCAACUCCUACACCAACUGUCGCGCAGGUUGCCGUAGAAGAUUUACCUUCUACCUUUGGAAGCGCGCGAACGCAACGUUCAUUUGUUCGCAGUGGAUCUGCAUCUGCCAGCAAGCCAGCAACUCCUUUACCCGCCCAUGAGCAGGCUCAUUUUAGUAAAAUUGGAGGUUCGUUCGGCGCUCGUAUGCUAGCAAAGAUGGGCUGGGAAGCCGGAACUGGGCUGGGCACUACGGGUGAAGGCAUAGUGAUUCCUGUGGAGAGUAAGCUACGGCCGAAGGGCAUGGGUAUUGCAUUCAAAGGCUUCAAGGAAAAGACGGAGCAGUCUAAACUUGAGGCUAGGCGGCGUGGUGAAGUAGUAAGUGAUGAUGAAGAAGUAAAGCCGAGGAAGAAGAAAGGCGAUCAACAGCAAAAGAAGUCCGAUGCAUGGAAGAGACCAAAGAAGGUCAAGGUCAAGGUGGAACACAAGACCUACGAGCAGAUUGUUGCAGAAGCAGGCGAAGAGCCUGCUUCAUCGAACAUUGGACAGAUUAUUGACGCAACUGGUCGAACUCCACGUGAAGUUGCUUCCAUCGCCGACAUAUCAUUGUCAUCCUGGACUCCAUCCACCGAUCCUACUCGAAUACCGGAAGUUCGACAUAACCUACGCCUCAUUGCAGAUGCGUGCAGAACCGAUCUUGAUGGCCUCGCACGCGAAGCUAAGGCACUGGAAGAACGGAAAAAAUGGAUUGUACAGGAAGAUGCUCGCCUCAAAAAGAAAGUAGCAGACGAGGCAGACUUAAUUGCACGGAUGCAACAAGUCACAUUAGUGGUUGAUGAGAUUAAUUCACAGGCAAAGGAGCUGGCCUCUGUCUACGAAGCAUCCUUGGAUGUCUUUUCGCCUCAUUUCAGUAAAUUGCUAACCCAGUUUGCACUCGAGUUCGAUCAAUAUAAACUUGAUGAGAUCGUCGUGGCCGCUAUCACCCCUAUAGUCAGGCGAACGAUAGCACAAUGGAAUCCUCUUCAAGAUCCGUUCGGGCUCGUUUCGACUUUCCGGUCUUGGAAACAAGCACUCAAAGUUAACGUUGUUGACGAGACACCUAAAACACAGAAACCUAUGACGCCCUUCGAGAGCCUCCUCUGGAAUGUCUGGUUGCCUAAGAUACGAACAUGUAUAAACAAUGAUUGGGAACCCACAGACCCCCAUCCAGCAGUCAAACUGUAUGAGACUUGGUCUACAUUCUUACCGCCAUUCGUACGGGACAACAUGCUCGAUCAGCUUAUACUCCCCAAAGUCCACAAGGCAGUUGCUGAUUGGAAUCCCAGACGGGAUUCGGUUUCUUUGCAGACACUUGUUUUUCCGUGGUUACCUCACCUUGGUCUGCGGGUUGAAGACGUUAUGGGAGAUGCGAGAAGGAAAGUGAAAUCGUUGCUCAGAUCUUGGACAGCUAAGGACGAGGUACCGAAGGAUCUCGGCGUUUGGAGAGAGGUGUUUGAUCCCACUGACUGGGAUAACAUGAUACUCAAGAACGUCAUACCUAAACUUGGAGCACUUCUUCGGGAUGAAUUCCGCAUUAAUCCCCGAAACCAAGACAUGAAACCUCUGGAACGUGUCAUAUCAUGGACCAAUCUUAUUCGCCCAUCCAUAUUCUCCCAGCUCCUCGAGUCCGAGUUUUUCCCCAAGUGGCUAGACGUCCUUCACAUUUGGCUCAUACAGCCCAAAGUCAGCUUCGAAGAAGUAGCACAAUGGUAUUCAUUCUGGAAAGGAUCAUUCCCUGAGAGUGUACAGACUAUGCCUGAUGUCGCUCGUGGGUUUACACGUGGGCUUCAGCUGAUGAACAAGGCCAUCGAACUGGGUCCUGAUGCACCGACAAAGUUGCCGCGCCCAGACCUGCGUGCAGAGCAAGUGGCAGCCAGUGCUGCCGCCGCCGCCAAACACAGCACUCCGCCAGUCAUUGCACGGCCUGCCCGCGUACAGGAAAUUACCUUCCGCUCCAUCGUCGAGGACUUUGCCUCGUUGCACAAUUUGCUGUUCAUGCCUGCUGGUCGUGCCCACGAGAAGUCUAGGAUGCCGCUUUUCCGGGUAUCAUCGACUGUAGGUGGAAAAGGCGGAUUACUGGUCUAUAUUCAGGAUGAUGCGGUUUGGGCUCCUGAUGGUGAUGAAUAUCGCGCGAUCACACUGGAGGACAUGGUAUUGAGGGCAAAUCGAUGAAUCCAUUUCAUGAUUAUCAGGGUCUACUGUGUUUGCACGGUCCGUGGCUCUUUCUGGUGGCGACCUGACUACUUCCUGGGUAGAUUUUCAGAUAUGUAAUAUAAUCUUAGGCACACGAUUGUUUGAUAGAAUUCACGAACUCGAGAAGACGCGGUGACACGAUGUGGAAGCAGAAUAAUGCUGAUUUCUGGCUAUCAUGAAAACGUCACGUGAUGAGUCCCCUUUGCUUCGAGGCAAAUGCUUCCGAGACUCUGUGGCUGGCAAGGAAUCAUUACCGCUACCUUUGUAGCCUCUGGAUGCUUGCUUUUUGGAGCACUGUUCUGUUCUCUUUGGGAUAGCUUACGCACGACUGGGACGAUAAGCGCUAUACGAACUCAGAAACCUCUUUGACGUGACUGGGAGCAUUCGGCACUCUGGAGGCCAUCCAUCGUGCUUUUCACCGUCUACAAUGCCGCCUAGCCCUAUUAAAGCAGAGUCUCUGAUCAUUGACGUCGACUCCUUCACGUCUGAAAUCGAAUAUAUCUGUACCAAGCCCGCAGUUAUCACCUUGGAUGGCAACGAAGACCCAUCGCGUGUUGCCUCGUCCUCGAGGCUGCAGCCACUCCCAAAAGUAGCUCGCGUAAGGCCCUCUUCUGCAUAUGGUGUCCCCCAUUCGAGUCUACGAAGUUUCAUGGACGAGUCAUCUCAUUUACGAAAACGCAAUGCGCAUAGCGCGCAUUUUGAAAAUCCACCUGGCAAGAUCCCCGCGACAAUUGCAAACUAUGCAAAACUCCAUGCUCCACCGAACCGUCUCGACCUCAAGAGGAAACAACCAGAUUAUGGAGAUGUCAUUAAUCUGUGCAGUGAUAGCGAGGAUGAGACUCAUUACAUAAAAAAGAAACCCAGAUGGCAAACUCCAGUUGACGACGACUCGGAACGCAAAGUAAUGCAUGACUGCAAUGAUGGCAAGAGCGCCCGUUUCCUCGCAGAGUCUUCUGAAGACUCGACAAUGCCAACCGACCCCGUAGAUUCUAGCGACUCUGAGGAAGAAUACUUGCUCUACAUGGCCUCACUCACCUUGUCUGAGGAGAAAAACUGGGUGCCGAUGAAACGACGUGAAGUAGAGAGUCCAUGCCCCAAUGAGAACCCUCCGGCUCCGCCGUCACCAGAAAGGCCGCCGCCCCAAAGGAGGCAUGAAAUGUAUAUCGAUGAUCCCACUGAAUGGCCCGAUAAUAUGCCCGAAGACUAUCUUAACACACCGACUUGGAAAAUUCUAGAAGUAUCGAAACGCAUGCGCCGCCCCAAGCCUCCGCGGCCUAGGAUGCACCCGACGGAAAGGAUGCCAAAUCCUUCUCCGUGGACCUAUCUAUCGCGACGCCUACACGACCUUUUCAAAGACAAGGCGUUCGACAAGUACGGGCUUGUGAGAUCUUUCCACAAAGCAUCCGGCUCUAUCAACAAGAUUGCGCAGGCUCCCGG